AAACAGCGCUGUAACUCUACGUUUAAAAACUCAUCAGAAAAAAAUGCAAAGAAACGAAAGAGGAGGAGUUUUCAUCCUGUUGGUUACCUUGUUGAUCAGUGUUGCCUUGCUUGUUUCCAAUGAUCAAGUGUUGGCCAUGAGAAUGAAUCAUCAUCAUCACGGAAUGAAAAUUAAUUCUUCAUCGGACAUGAUGAUGAGAGGUUUGAAAUCAAAGGCUAAUAUCCAAGUUGGAGCUGCUGCUGGCUUGCCUGGGAUGACCAUUUCGAUUCAACAACGAUCAUUGAAUUAUAUGGCACAACAAUUCAUGCCAUUGAUUCAACAAAAGUUGAGUAGUGGAUUCAAUAUUCCGGAUAUUCAUACUGAAGAUCAUACUCCAAUUGGAAAGGUUGAAUUGAGUGCUACGAAUAUUCAAAUUAGUGGAGUUUCAUUGGCUACACCUGUUUUGACUAUUGGAAAUGGUGAAUUGUUGGUAAAUUUGCCAUCGGCUCAUGCUGAUAUGCAUUGUAAUUGGAAAUAUGACAAGAAACAUUUUGUUAGUGAUCAUGGAUCUGCAGAUGCCCACAUUACUAUUGCCAUUAGUUUGGGAUUACAAAUUUCAGUUCUUAGCCCAACCCAAUUUGGAGUCACGGUUAAUAAUGUACAAGCUCAUUUCAGUCAAUUUGAUCUCAAAUUACAUGGAGGAGCAUCAUGGCUCUAUAACUUUUUCAUCAAGAAUUUUAAACAUCAUAUUGAGGAUAAUGUCACUAACAUGGUAACAUCACAAUUGACAAAAUCAUUGAAUGAAGUAAUUACCAAGGCACUCUCUACAAUUUCUCUAGAAUUUGACCUAAAGCAUGGUAUUGUUUUCGACUCUUCUCUCAGACAAGUCACUUAUCAAUCUUCCUCUCAUUUUUCAAUUGGAGUUGCUGGAAUGUUCUUCAAUAAGGGUGGAAAUGUUUAUAAUGGCCAACCAACAACAAUGUUGGAGACCUUGGGAAGUGAUAAGAUGAUUGAAAUUUUCAUUGAUCAAUAUGUUUUAAAUACUGCUGGAUUUGCUAGCUCACAAGCUAAUAUUUUGAACACUGUUGUGACAUCUGCCAAUAUUCCAAAGAAUUUUGGAUGGUUAUUUAACACUAGCAGUUACUCGUCAUUGGUUCCAAGUUUAUACUCUUUGUGUAACAAUUGUGAAAUUCAAUUGGAUAUUACUGAUGCAACAGCUCCAACUGCUAACAUUGAUACUCAAAUUGGAUUGGAACUCGAUGCUCAAGCAUCUGCUAUUUUCCAAAUUAUCAAACCAGACAAGACCAUUGUCAAUGCAUUUGCUUUAAAGAUUGAAAUGGCUUUUGAUACAUUGCCAACUCUCCAAAACAACAACCUUACCUUUGCUUUCACCUAUAAGAAUGCCUCCAUCUCAUUACAAUACUCCAACAUUGGUCAAUUCUCUGUUGGAUUUUUGUCAGAUGCCAUCAAAGCUGUCAUUGAAUUUGGAGUCAUUCCAAUUGCCAACAUGUUUAUUGGACAGAAGGGAGUUCCACUUCCAGUCAUGAAGGGACUCACUCUCAAUAAUCCAGCCAUGGUCAUUGAGGAUGGAUACAUUUGCCUCAGAUCCGAUUUCACAUUCCAACCUUCUCAAAAAACUUCAUUGCCAUCAUCAGUUUUUAAGAAUUUUCGUAUUUAUUAAAUUAUGUUAAAUUUCUCUCGU